AUGGGUGACCGUAAACCUUCGCAGUUCUUGAGGCAUCUCAGAACCCUCGCCCCCGACAUGCCCGAGUACAUCCUGCGCACCAUCUGGUCCAGUCGGCUGCCUCCCCACAUAAGGACCGUACUCGCCGGCCAAAAUGAUUGCAGUUUGGAAGCUGCCGCCCGCUGCGCAGACCGCAUCACUGAGGCUGCACCGCAGCUGGCGCUCGCUAGCGUGGGGCCAUCGCCCAACGCCGCACUGAGGGAAGUAAUAGAGGACCUCUCCCGACAGGUGGCAGCACUCCGGGCCGAGCAGAACCGCCCCCGCAACAGCCCCAGGGACCCUCCGCCCAACUCCAAAGAGCAUCCUCCCAACCCCAGAGACCCCCGCUACGGAACCAGGUUCUCCCACCCAGUUACCAGGAACCACCACAGACACAACCGAUCCCCUUCCCGAGACGACCCCGCAACCACCCUCUUCUGGUACCAUCGUCGAUUCGGGGCCCGGGCACAAAGGUGUACCUCACCCUGUGACUACCACCAGCAGGGAAACUAA